UUAAUAGUUUCAGAGCGAUUAAAUUCCCUUAACGUCCAUGCAAUGUUAACAGAUUUUUCCAAACCUUUUGAACUUUUCUCUUCUCUUUCCCUUUUUUUCUUUGGUCCGUCUCUGCCAGCAUACUUUUCCUCAUCUUUUUUUUUCUCUGUUUCUUUUUCCUUUUUUUCAAACCUGCUCCGGUCUAAAUGUGGGACGCGUGAGUAGAGUUACAGUCUGUGUUUCCCAGCGGUGAUUUAAGGACUUAAGGACUAAUGUCAAAGAGGAAGUUUAUUUGUCCUGUCAAUUGUAGCAUGGGACUGACCGAAGGUGUAAACAAGUUGAACUACUGGUAGUAAGGCUUGAGGCUGUUUUUCUUUGCAGGGUGGCAGGACGGACAGAGAGAGACCAGAGACAGAGGGUUUGUGCAUGUUUGUUUGGAAGAAAAGAACCGACCAACUAAAACAGAGGUGGUAUGUAGUAUGUGUGAGAGAGAAAAGGAGAAAAGUGGCACUGUAUGCUGGGUCUAUUGAAAAUGGACAGAGAGAUGAGCUACUAGAACACGUACGAGUCUUCCUGAGGUGGAGGGUGGACGAGUGAUUCCAGAAGCACCAAGGACCAGAGAGGGAGAUCAACAACACUGAGCUAGAACAGGAUGAGGUACAGAGGCAGGGAAGUGGGAGGUGAGGGCCGAGCUCAUCUAGUCAUGGAGGGUACUCUGACGGCGCGGGACAGGGUGGGGGUGCAAGACUUCGUUCUGCUGGAGAACUACACCAGCGAGGCGGCCUUCAUUGAGAACCUGCGCCGACGCUUUAAAGAGAACCUAAUCUAUACCUACAUAGGGUCUGUGUUGGUGUCAGUGAACCCCUACAAGGAACUGGAGAUCUACUCCAAGGCUCACAUGGAGCGCUAUCGAGGGGUCAGCUUCUAUGAGAUAUCACCCCACAUCUACGCGGUGUCAGACAACACCUACCGGGCCCUGCGCACUGAGAGGAAGGACCAGUGUAUCCUGAUCUCAGGGGAGAGUGGAGCAGGGAAGACAGAGGCCUCCAAGAAGAUCCUUCAGUACUACUCAGCUACCUGCCCCAUCUCUGAUAAUAUGAGCACGCUACGUGACCGGCUGCUGCAGUCCACCCCUGUUCUGGAGGCCUUUGGUAAUGCCAAAACGUUGAGAAAUGAUAAUUCCAGCCGCUUUGGAAAAUACAUGGAUGUCCAGUUUGACUUUAGGGGGGCGCCAAUAGGAGGCCACAUUCUCAACUACCUGCUGGAGAACACCCGUGUUGUGCACCAGAAUCAUGGAGAGAGGAACUUCCACAUCUUCUACCAGCUACUGGAGGGAGGAGAUCAGGACCUGCUCAGCAAGCUGGGCCUGGAGAGAAAUGCUCUGAAAUACCACUACCUGGUCAAGGGUUGCUGUCCCAGGGUGAGCUCCAUCAAUGACAAGAAUGACUGGAGAACGGUGACGAAAGCCCUAGCUGUCAUUGGCUUCCGUGAUGAGGAGGUGGAGGAUCUGUUUAAUAUAAUUGCCAGUGUCCUCCAUCUUGGAAACAUUCAGUUUGGAGAAGGGCAAGAUGAGCAAACAGAAAUAACAACUGAGACCCAGCAUAAUUAUCUGUCCAAGCUGCUGGGUGUGGAUGGGGUGGCUCUGAAAGACGCUCUCACUCAUAAGAAACUCACUGCCAAAGGGGAGGAGAUGAUCAGCCCGUUGAGUUUCGAACAGGCUGUGGCAGCACGUGAUGCCUUGGCCAAAGCAGUGUACGGCCGUACCUUCACCUGGCUGGUGGCACAGAUCAACAAGUCCCUGGCUUUCAAGGAUGAUGUGUACAACAGCAGCAAGGGCUCAUCAUCAGUCAUAGGGCUGCUGGAUAUCUAUGGCUUUGAGGUCUUCCAACACAACAGUUUUGAACAGUUCUGCAUCAAUUACUGCAAUGAGAAACUGCAGCAGCUGUUCAUCGAGCUCACCCUCAAGUCUGAGCAGGAGGACUACGAGGCAGAGGGCAUCUCGUGGGAGCCUGUGAAGUACUUUGACAACAAGAUCAUCUGCGACCUGGUGGAGGAAAAACACAAAGGCUUUAUCGCCAUCCUGGAUGAGGAGUGUUUGAGACCAGGGGAAUCCAAUGAUAUCUCCUUCCUGGAGAAGCUUGAGGACACUUUGGGAGGCCAUGCCCAUUUUGUAACUCACAAAUUGGCAAAUGGAAAGACACGCAAAACAGUGGGAAGGGAGGAGUUCAGACUCAUUCACUAUGCAGGAGAGGUCAACUAUUCAGUCAGUGGGUUUCUGGACAAAAACAAUGACCUGCUCUAUAGAAACCUCAAAGAGGUUUUAUGCCAGUCAGACAGCCAGAUCCUGAGGGAGUGCUUCCAGAGAGAGGAGGUGACUGACCAAAAACGUCCAGAGACGGCUGCCACUCAGUUUAAGAACAGCCUGGCAAAAUUAAUGGAGAUCCUGAUGUGUAAGGAGCCCUCCUAUGUUCGCUGCAUCAAACCCAACGAUGCCAAGCAGCCAGGGAGAUUUGAUGAAGCUCUGGUCCGACACCAGGUCAAGUAUCUGGGUCUGAUGGAGAACCUGAGGGUCAGGAGAGCUGGCUUUGCUUAUCGUCGACACUACCAAGCAUUCCUGCAGAGGUACAAGUGUCUGUGUCCAGGGACAUGGCCUAAUUGGCAUGGGAAACUUGCAGAUGGAGUUGCCACUCUUGUCCAACACCUGGGGUACAAACCAGAGGAGUACAAACUGGGCAAGACCAAAAUCUUCAUCCGCUUUCCGAAGACUCUGUUCACCACUGAGGAUGCUCUAGAUGCCAGGAGGCCCUCGAUCGCUCUCAGCCUUCAGACCUCAUGGAGGGGCUACAGGGAGAGAAGCAAAUACCAGCGCAUCAGAAACGCAGUUCUUGUGAUCCAGUCUGCGUGGAGAGGAAUGAAAUCCCGCCGUAGGGCGAGGUGUCGCAGACACGCUGCCAACGUCGUACGCAAAUUCAUCAAGGGCUUCAUCUACCGCCACUAUGAACGAUGCCCAGAGAACGAGUACUUCCUAGACCAUCAGCGUUUCUCCUUCUUGAUGACGUUGGUUAGGAACAUGCCCAAGACUGUCCUGGACAAGAGCUGGCCAGUCCCUCCACCUAGCCUCAUAGAGGCCUCAGAACAUCUGCGCAGGAUGUGUAUGCAGAACUUGAUGCGGGCCUACUGCAGGAGGAUCCAGCCAGAGUGGAAGAAACAGAUGGAGCAGAAGGUGGUAGCCAGUCACAUCUUCAAGGACCAGAAGGAAAGCUACCCCCACAGUGUCCCUAGGCUGUUUGUGGCCUCCAGACUAAACAGUGAGGACUUUAACCUCAAAGUGAUACAGACUCUGGGCAAUGACAAAGUCAAGUACGGAGUUCCAGUCACUAAGUAUGAUAGGAGGGGUUACAAGGCACGGCCUCGCCAGCUGCUCCUCACCUCCUCCUUCGCCGUGCUGGUGGCCGAGGCCAAGCUGAAGCAGAGAAUUGACUAUACAGCUCUGAGAAGCAUCUCUGUGAGUUCUCUCAGUGAUGGGUUCAUGGUUCUGCAUGUGCCCAGUGAGGACAACAAACAGAAGAGUGAUGUGGUUCUCCAGUGUGACCAUGUGAUUGAGGCGGUGACCAAGCUGGCCUGCAUGGCUGAAAAGAUUAACAUGGUCAAUGUCAGCCAAGAGAGUAUCAGGUUUGCUGUGGCUCGAGGGAAGGAGGGCGUCAUUGAUUUCACCAGUGGACAAGAGCUGAAGGUGUCCAAAGGCAAGAAAGGACACCUGCUGGUGAUGGCCCCUCAUCUCAAUCCAAGAUGACGACGGAAAGUAAUGACAGCCUUGGUAUAAUCCAUAGCAAACUAAUUAUUCCACAGGAUCAUUUCCUAAUUCAGACAGCCAACCAGAUUAAAGCCACAAAUAAGUAAUUUCACUGCUUUAAAUUUGAGAUCAUAGCAAUGCACUACCUAAAAUAUAAGGAUUAUUUUAACACCAUUGCACUUGUUAAUCUUCAUUUACAUAGUUAUUGAUAAAAAUGGCACAUUAUCUUACGAUGGAUAAUACAUGUGUAGAAAUGCAUAAUACUUUGCUAUCUAUUAACUAUAAUCGUAUUAAAUGAAACAACACAUUUUGAAUGUUAUGUUUG